CUGUUGCUGUGCGGUUUGAGAUGCUAAGGGCUAAGCUAACCGAAUAAACGGCUUUUUAAUGAAGCCAGCGUCUUCGACCAACGCCUGUUUUGUAUUUUGUGUAUUUAUUUAUUUAUUAUUUUUGCAGAAACAGGACUAGCCACGCCUAAAAAGCGCAGACAGUCGCCUCAGGAGAUAUUUCUAAAUGCAGCGCUGGCUAAAGCAGAGCUCUCUUAGGGCAGGACGGCUAGCAUGACAUAACAGCUUAACGUUCGUGUUGGCAGCCCGCUGUUUUGUCCUCUCAGCCUCUGAGCUGCCUCUCUAACAGCAGCUAAACUAGCGAAAAUCUUUAUUUCUCCAGCUCUGCAGUCCUGCUCCUCCAACAGCAUCAGCAUGAGGAGAGCUGUCCUGUCCGGAUGAAGGCUGGGAGGGUGAAACUGGUGAAACUGGAAAGCUAAGGAGGAUCUCUCUCCUCUUCUGUUGGGGAUGCAAGCUCUGAAGGAGACUCUCUUCUACUCAAACUUCAGGCCAGGUUUGGAGGUAGAGGCUGACGAUGACCGGGAGCUGCUGGUUCAGGAACAGAAGUCUUGUCGAGCUCGCGCCCGCAAAUUCUCCUCAGAGACAAACCGGCGGAGAAGGGCGCUCGAGGAGAGGAGGAGGCAGUGGGAUGUUCAGGAGCAGAGACUGAGGGAGAAAAUUCUGCAGCAGCGUAAGCAGAGGGUGCAGGAUGCUACAGAGCGCUUUCAGAGAGCACACCUCCCUCUGUCCCAAAGAAGGAGGCCAGUCUCUGGUAAAAGAGCACCUAACUUAGAGGAAGCACUCAGUCAUAUUCAUGGGACUCUUCACUCUCCAUUUUUAUCCAGUGCCUCUGCCAUCAACAGGAGCUGCACUCCCUCCCCUAAGCCUCCAGGGGGCUCCAGUGGUCCUCGCAGCCUGCGGGCGGUCUCUGCAGCCGAAGCCUAUGCCAAGCUCAUGCAGGAGAGAAGCCUGAGUGACUUCAAAAGCAACCAGCUGCUCUUCUUCAACCAGCUGCAGGAGUCAGAGGACCAACAGCAGGGCUGCCCACAGGACCCCCAAGACACCCCACCUAGCUGUUCAGAAAGCCUGUCUAGCCUGGACAGCCUGGAGAAUGAGGUUCCUCAGCAGGGUCAUGACAACAGCCCUGCCUGCUCCAGCUCCUUUCUGGAUCCUCUAGAGGUCAAGGAUUUCACAAGACCACGGCAACCAAACCACCUAUGUCCAUCGUCUGACCAUGGUCCACCAAAGAGCUUCCUGGAGGAGGUAUUAAGUCAGCAGGGCAGCCCCAGUUCCAGCUCCCCAUCACUUUCACCCAGGGAGGAUGGUGAGUCAGCAGAUGAAGACCAAAAUCUCUGGGAUCUCACACAAGCAGCGCAGCAGUGCAAUCUGACCGACCAAUCAGAAGGCUAUCAGAAGGUAGACACCCAGUCUACUCCCAGCUGCCAAAAUGUGCAAGCUCAGCAGGACCUAGCAGCUUGUUCAGGACAUAUGGCUAACUGUUUUGACAGCACUGCUCCAGGGAACAUUUCGAGAGACAGAGGCAUCGUAGUUGCCCACUGCAAAACAUGCACUGUGCCGAGUCUGACUCAGGAGCCCAAGUUGCAGGGAAAAACGCUGGAGGAGAAAUAUGCUAAAUGUCCAUCAGAGACACGGGCUGCUCAGCCAGCUGGGGGAUGCAGACACAGAGACAGUUUUUUCCAGGCUUCAUCCAGCACUGCUGCUGAUCUGAACACAGCUUCUUCUCAUUUUGGCAACGUAGCCUUACAACCAGUAGAAUCAGAGGGUUCUUCUGAGUCCUGUAAGAAGAAACCAGACUCUACAGCCCUCCAGAGGGAAAAUAAACCUGAGAGCUAUGAGGAGAAGUUCAAAAGAGCGGAGGCUUCCAACCUACCAGAUGAAUGCAGUGAUAGAAGAGUGCCUUCCAAGUCUUGCAAAACCGCAGAGGAACCAGACAGGACGUUAACGGAGGGUGCAACCAGCUGUCCUGCCCCUAAAUGUGGUGAUGUGCGGUUCCUCAAAGGAAUACUGAAGAAGAACUCCAAGUAUGUGGUGGGAGAUACCAAAUUCAUUUACACCUCAGGACACUUUGUGUUCCCCAAACAAGUAGCCAUGUCUAUUAGGGACAGUAUGGAGCUGACCAGGACGAAAGCCAGAGAGCCUGAGAGCGACAAGAGCAUGAAAAAGAAACUUCGCUGGUUUGAUGAGGUGAACGACAAUGAGGAGGAGUGUGAGGAGAGACUGAAGAAAGACCUAAGCAAGCAGGCACCAACUAAAGGCAAACCAAGUAAUCCAUCUCAACAGCCUUCUGUGGACCACCAGCAGGAAUUACAUAACUCUGGGUAUAUGAAUGCACCCCCAGGAAUACCAAAGACGUCUGCUGGACCCAGUUCCACCAGACAAGCCUGGGCAGACGCGAGACCCCAGGAGGAACCCACAGAAGAACCCAAGCCACAGAGGUCAGGCGCUCGUGUUGCUGGUUCACAUAUUCCCCGUAGGGUCCGCUCAGCCAGGACCGUUUCGGGCCCCGUAUCGUCACGGGCCAGGAAAGGUACCGUGAUCAGACCUCAGUCCGCUAGUGAGGCGCAGCGGGUUGUCCGAACUCAAGGGAAGGCCAUGGUUCCUCGACCCCCUCCCAGAUCUGAGGUUUUGGAAGCCAACUCAGCUGAGCCCACCAUUUAUAUCACCAAGGCGGCCUAUAGCAACGACUGUCCCAAUAGCAAAGCAGAAAACCCAGACAGCCAGCCUGUCUCUCAGCAUCAUGUGCUCAAAAUUGAUGAAGGUGCUGUACUGGCCCCAGUGCCACCCUCCUAUGCCUACGCAUACGAGACCGUGUCUAAAGGCAUCUAUGCCCUCUGCCAGCCAGAGGCCCAGAUGGGGAGUGCCAGGCGGCCGCUCCAGUGUGGAGAGAACGGCAUCUGCCUGGAUCGCACGCCAACGGACGAGGAGAUCUCACUGCUGUGGCAUGGAGUUCGCAGUGCCUUAGCCAGCAAAGAGGUGGGUGACCCUCGAAGCUUCCUGACUCACAAUGGCUCGUUGUCUGCUUUGCCUCAAGGCCGUGCCAAUUUGUCCCAUGUUACCAUCAACGGUGAUAGCCUGCUCAGUGGCGUCAAAGCUGUCACAAGAAUGGGCGGCUUUUUCCUCUCCCCCUCAAACGCGAGGACUCCAGUGAGAAGACCCACUGUGGAGAGUAAUAUGGUGAAAAACAGAGCGUAUGUGGAUCACGGCAGAGUUCAAGCCGCAGCCGGAGGAGACCGGAAACAACAUUUUCUUUAUCAGGCUACGGUGCCAAUAAGCCUGUACUCAAGCAAAACUGACCAAACAGUGCAUGACGAAGAGGUGAUGAACGGUGAGGGUCAGGUUGCUGUGGAUGUAUCUCAGCUGCAGAGGGCCGGGGUGGUCCUGCAGCAGCAGCGUGGACAGGCGUUUGGCCUUAGUGCUCUCUCUCUUGAGGAACAGAGACUACUGCAGUCCCUCGACAGACUCAACCACCGGCUGCAGUAUGUGCAAGAUAUGACUGCAGGAAACACAGCACUGAAGGGAAUCUUUGCCUUGGACUCUGCGAAUAACCAGUCUCCCCAGACAAGUGAGGUUUUGGGUGCCACCCAGCGCAGGUAUCAGACCGGCUCAGCUGAAAACCGCACCCGCUCUCAUAGGCGUUAUUGACUCCAGCUCCCAGAAUGCACUUCUCUCUCCAGCCUCGCAGCCUUCCAGUCUAUGCUGGAAUUCUCUUUUAAAGAAAUCCUCCAGUGUACUUGAACCUAAUCUCUUUCGCAUCUGCUUUAUACGGUCAAUUACCACAGACAGUAAUUUCUCUGUUAAAGGGCCCCUAUCAUGGAAAACCAGAUUUUCUUGAUUUAGUAUAUAAACAUUUCAAGAUGUACUCCAGUCCAUACAGUCCAUACAUGCAAAUUAAGCUACAAAAACAGACCAUUUAAAAUUCAGUGUUUUUGUGAUGUAAUAAGAAAAAACUCAUUUUGCAUAUAUCCCUUACUUGGUCUACAGCAGUUUAGUUCCACCCUUUCACACUGAACUUAUAAGGAGCUUUUUAGCCCGGACUGCUUUCUAAAUGAGGCAACCAAUCAGAACAAAACUCAUAUACAUAAGUUAGUCUUAAAGGCACAGAAGCGAAAGUGGCCUGUUUAAUUCUAAAGGUGUUUACACACAGCGUGCAGAUUAUUCAUGGGAUUUAAUUAAACAACAAAAAAUUUUGAGCACGUUUGACAAUUGCUUGCACACCAAAUGCAAUUUUUCAAGUGGCGAAAAUGCUACAUUAUUCAAUCCGCCCCUCCGUUAGCCUGUUAUGACCUUUUGUUGGCGUUAUGAACUCACUGGUCAUCAUUGUUGUCUCUGGUGUUGGCAUGGCAACAGCCAAGAUGACAGAUUGUGUCCCAGUUACUGGAACUUUUUCGCACACAUCAAAAGAUUAGAAUCUCCAAAAGCUCAAAUGGGGCUCAAACUAAACAUCCAUUUAAUAUGUGGAAGCAUUCAAAGUUUCAGCUUCUGAAUGAAGCGAUUCAGCUCUCCAUACUAAAUUCACUUUUAUAGAAUGGAAAGUAGCCCAGUUUGCCCGUUCUGCAAGGAGCAAAGGAUAUAUUUUUUUGCACUAUAAGACAUUCCACCCAUUUAUUAUGUGCUUCGUCAUGUGUGGAGGUGCAUCUCCAAAAUCUCUCUCCAUUCUCUUUUUCCAAAAUGAAGCACCCUGCUUAAUGUCACAGCUUGCCCAUUUCAAAGAUAUUCCACCCAUUUGUUUUUUUCACCAUGUGAACAAUGCGCCAAAUUACCCAAAAAGAGUGUCACACCUGUUUAUUCAUGUUGUUUUCAGUGUGUAACAGCCUUAAAGGAUAAAGAAAGAUUGGAAAAUGGUCAUGUAUAAAUGAAUUUUGCCUGUUUUUGAUACAUAAAACAUUAUAAGUGAACCUCAGUGAACAAAAUUAAAGAAAAGACCUUUUAAAGAACCAAAAAAACCUGUCGGUUUGGCUUCUAUUAUAAAUGAGUUUGAGUCAACAGGUUAUUUGUUCUUUUCUAACUACAAGGAAACAUUGAAAUUAAAUCUGUGGUUUCUGACCAUGUGAUACAGAUGUGACCAACAGCCUAUUCCUUUAAACCCUUAAACUUUACUGACAAGCACUUUAUCAUUCUUGCUCUAACAGGCAGACAGUAUUGCUGCACAGCGCAGCUUCUGGACAGCUUUGCUCUGCACUGAAAUGCUUUUUAGACUUUUGUUUAGACUGAAACCCAUAAUCAGACUGCACUAGAGUAGCACUGGCCAUAUAAACCAGCCAUACUUUAAACCAUAUUUAUAUAACAUAAAUGGAUGGUAAAUAAUUAAAUGUUUAGCUUUGCCCCUAAAAUUAGCACAGAUUUUAUUUUUCUAAUUUAAAUGUAUUUCUGUGCAUACAUGCUGCACAGUAACGCAGCGCUGAAGUUGUAUAUUGGAUGUACUUUUGUUUAUGCCAUGUACAGUAAUUAUGCGAAGUAAAAAAAUGUUUCUAAGAAA